CCCGGGAGGGGAACGAGCAGAGAUCGGGAUGGUGUCGGGGAUGGUAUCAAGACGGGAUUGGGGAGGAUCGGGGUAGGGAUGGAUCGGGAGGGGCCGGGAUGAAGUCGAGUCGGGAUUGGGAAAGAUCAGGGUGGGAUGGGGAUGGAAUAAGCGUGGUGGGGAUUGAAGAGGGGUGGAUGCGGAAUGAAAUUGGAAAGGGGGUGGGAUCCGGGAGGGUAUCGAAUCUCGAUUGGGGUGUGUAUGGAGUUGGGGUGGGUAACAAAGCGUGGUGGGGCGCGAAUUUGGGUGGGGAUGCGGCCGAGGUGGGCGUGGGUUGGGGUCACGAUGGGAUUAGGAUGAAAACGGGGUGGGGAUCCGACCCAGGUGGUGAAUCCAAUCAGGAUGAAAUCGCCGGUGGGGGGGAGCUUGAAUUGGGUCUAAGGUUGUGGUGGGAAAGGGAUCGGGGCGGGGAUCAGAACAGGAUUGGGAUGGAACAGGGGGGUGGCGCCGAGGUGGGACGGAGUCCGGAUUGGGAUGGAUCCGGGGUGGAGAGUGAGUCGAGGUUGGGAUGGGAUCAGAGCGGCAACGAUGCCAUGUCAGCAGUGCCACAUCAGCAGUGCCACGUCAGCAACAGUGCCAUGUCAGCAACAGUGCCACGUCAGCAGUGCCACAGUGCCACGUCAACAGUGCCACGUCAGCAGUGCCCCGCCACCAUGACGGGCUCAGCUCUGGGUAUGCCAGGCCAACUGGCCAAUGAGUCCAUUACCGAGUACCGACAACGUUUCGAAGCUCAGCUCGCACUAAUCGAGGCUGAGGAACAGCGCCAGCUGGCAGCCGAGGCUGUCCGCCUACAGGCUGAAGCGGCAGCGACAGUUGAAAAGCAGCGACUUCAAGCCGAAGCUGAAGCAGAUACCCAGGCACACCGCAAGGAGGCCCAGGAUCUGCUACAACGGCAUGAAGCCACCAGAAUAGAAAAGCUCAAGUUCUGGCACUUUGAACCAUCCGAGGGGCACGACGACGCGACACCGGAGGAGCAACAUAAGGAAUUCCUGGCCAAGCUCGUGACCCGGUUGGUCUGCACUUGUAACCACCUGCAGUCCGAGCUAGCGAUUCUCCGACGGGGAAUGCAGAGCCACAAGGAUCUGCACGAGGAUGCUACACGAGCACUUCAUUCCCGUGUACAGGACUUGGAGCAAGUUGCACCAAGACCGAAUGCUGGCGAGACCAGCAGUGCACCCUCUACCCGCCAAUUGGAGGAACGAGUUGACCACGUAGUCGCAAUGCUCGGCGACAUCAGUACCUUCGCUGCACCAGCCACCAUCAACAAUCAGCUGGACACCUUGAAGACCGAGGUUCAGCAACUGCACCAGCUGCCUAACAACACCACGCAGCAUUACAAGAUGCCGACAUUCCAAAUCGAGAAGUUCGAUGAUUACACACAUCAAGACCCGGUCAUCUGGUGGGAGGGCUUUACGACGCAACUUCGGAUUUUGUUCGUCCCCAAGCACUUGUACAUCGGUGCGCUGUUUCUCAACUCAAAGGGCGAAUGCCAGAUCUGGCUGAGCCACCUGGCAACCGUCCAUGGCGUCGACGUCACAGAUCCGAAAGAUAAGAUCUCUUGGGAAGAGUUAACACGGCUAUGGAAAAAGCGGUUCAUCGUGGACGACGCCCCGACGCUCGCCAUCAACCGCCUCUUCGCUGUGACGCAAGGCAACACAUCGACACGUGACUGGCUCAUGGAAUGGCAAAAGAUCGCGGCGACGCCGGAUCUCGAAUUGCCAUUUUCGCACCUGCGUCGGGAGUUCUACAACCGGUCAUGUGCUGCCUUGAGCCUUGCACUUGGUGAUCGCGAGCAAUACGCGACCUUCGCCGAAAUCAUCGACAAGGCAAGGGAGAUCAUCGAGACCAAUAGGGCGGCUGCACACGAGAAGUCGGCAUGGCAGCCAACCUAUGUGGAGAAAGGAAAAUUUGGUCCGCGCCCGCAGCAUGUCGCUGCAGUCCACACGGACAACAUUGUGGAAGACCCGGCAGCCACCCAAGCAUCACGUGAGGGAGAUCAGGGGGCUGUUGUCCAGCUGCGAAGCAACAACAAGUCCCGAGGAAACGGGAAGGCGAAAACCGCAUCGCCGGCCGGAAACGGACAGCCAGCACCAUGGGUCAAGUUUCACUUGACCGAGGCAGAAUACAAUGAGGAUCACCCGGUGAACUUCUACCGCCGCACCGUUCACGUUCGUGAUUGGAACGGAGUAGUAGUCCCAUGCACGGUGCCUCCUCCACACCCUUGGAUCAACUGCCACGUGGUGUCCGCCGCAAGCAUGCGAGCUUCCAUCAUCAGAGACGACAUCGAGGAGAUGGGGGUGUGUUUUCUCCAAGCCCUCCCGCCCCAUGACGCUUCAUCGACGGACUCAUCUUCGGACCCACGCAUCACCGAGUUUCUCGACGUCUACGGCGACGUGUCCGAAGGCCCGCACGGAGUAGUACCGGAUCGGCCCAUCCGCCACGAGAUCAUCCUCGAGGACGGGGCUGUACCUCCGCGUGGUUGCAUCUACCGAAUGAGCGAGGAAGAGCUAAGUGUGCUACGGGUACAACUCGACGACCUUCUGGAGAAAGGCUGGAUUCGGCCUAGCUCCUUGCCAUACGGUGCUCCCGUUCUUUUCGUCCGGAAGAAAAACAAGGAUCUGCGGUUGUGCAUCGAUUAUCGCAAGCUCAACACGCAAACGGUCAAGAACGCCGGCCCUCUUCCACGCAUCGACGACCUCCUCGAACGGCUGGGCGGCGCCAAGUUCUUCUCCAAGCUAGACCUCAAAUCGGGAUAUCACGAACUCGAGAGCCGGCAGGAGGACCGCUACAAGACUGCGUUUAAGACGCAAUAUGGGCAUUUCGAAUGGCUGGUUAUGGCGUUUGGCCUUACGAAUGCCCCAGCCACUUUCCAAGCAGCUAUGACAACGGAGUUCCGACACAUGCUGGAUCGAUUUGUACUUAUCUACCUCGACGACAUUUUGGUGUACAGUCGGAGUUUGGACAAGCAUGUGGAGCACCUACGCACCGUUUUGGAGCGGCUACGACAAGCCAAGUACAAAGCCAACCGCGACAAAUGCGAAUUUGCGCGGCAAGAGCUGGAGUACUUGGGACAUUAUGUGACGCCGCAAGGCAUCCGUCCGCUUGCGGACAAGAUUGAGGCCAUCUGCGUAUGGCCCGAGCCCACCAACACCACGGACAUUCGUUCAUUCAUGGGGUUGGCGGGCUACUAUCAGCGAUUCAUCACCGGGUACUCAAGGAUUGGUGCACCUAUGACGAGAUUACAAUCGCCAAAGGUGUCAUUCGUGUUCGAUGAUGACGCACGCCGGUCAUUCCAAGCACUCAAGACGGCCAUGCUCAUGGCACCCGUCCUUAGCAUCUACGACCCCACCCUGCCAACGAGAGUGACAACCGACGCUUCCGGCUAUGGCAUUGGGGCAGUCUUGGAACAACACGACAACGAUGAAUGGCACCCUGUGGAGUAUUUCAGCCACAAAGUGCCUCCCAUCAAUUCACUUGAUGAUGCAAGGAGGAAUGAGUCGCUCGAGUUCACAUGGGUCACGGACAAUAACCCAUUGACCUACUACAAGACGCAGGAUAUGGCUGAUCUGGAGAAGAAGCAUAUUGACUUGAUUCGGUCCUAUGCGCAUGAUUUACGAGAUGUGCAAGAGAUUUUCAACAGGCAGAAGGACACGCCUUGCAUCAACAAGAAUAGCCCACCUUACAGUGGUGCAGUUUACUGGGUGCGAGGUCUUGUUGCUAGAAUCCAAGAGCCAAUGGAGAAGCUUAGGCAACUAAACAAGAUGAUAACCGAGAUUGAAGAGGCAAAAGAGAUUAUCAAGCUGUUCAACACGUUAAUAUCCCAAAUGGCAGACUACGAGAGGAAUGUGGUGGAAAGCUGGACAAAAGAGGUUGAAGCAACGAGUGAGGACAAACUCAAGCAGCCAUUGCUGCGCAGAGAAUCCUCCGCAACACUCUUGAGGAUGGCAAAGAGUGCAAUGGCAAUGCUCACUCCGGGGUCAGCAGUGCCUUCAGCUGCACGGGCGUCAUUCGUUGCAUCUGUUCUUCAAAGCAAUGAUAGGAACCCAUUCCUAAGGGUGAAUUUUGACCCUGCUCUGGUGCGCCUUCUUCGGGAGGUGAAGUAUUUUCUUCUUCUAGAAGUUCAGGUUCCGGACUCUUCGCAGAAGAUUUUUAAGCGAGCUGAGAUAUUCCGGCAGCAGACUGGCAACCUUGAGCUGAUUGUCAACAUGUACAAUGGCAUACUGAUGUCUCUUAUGGAGGUGGAGAAGCCACUGGUGGAGAAGAAGAUGUCAAAUGUGGAUGCGGCAUUAGCAAAAGGGCUGCAGUCUCUCAACUGGAAUAGCCACAAAAUUGAGGAUUAUGUUACAGAGGUCAUGAGCAUGCUUAAGGAUCUGAGCCAGGUCCUCCAAAGCCUCAAGAGUAAUGUCAAGCGCACACAGUCAAUCGUUGACAGGUGGGCAACACAUCUGCUUAUUGAUCGAAAAGAGGGAAAAGUGUACAGUGUUGAAGACUUCACGGAGAGCCACAAAACACUGACCACUUCAAGGAACAAUGAUAUAACAGAGGGUGGCUUGGAAAUCCAUCGGUUGCUCGCGACCUCAAACAAGAUUUUGAAGGUAUGGUAUCUUCUGUCAACAUGGUAGAUUGCAGGCGAAUGAAUUUAUAAGCAGUCG